AUGUCUGCCUUCAAUCCACUGCCCGCAUAUGCUUUCGGAGCUGUUCUGCUCGGUAUAGGAGCUCACAGCUUUCUCCGACCAACUAAGGAAUAUGAGCGCUUCGGUAUCCCGCGCCAUCCGUCGCCACUGAUAUACGUCAAAGCGAUCCGGGAAUCGACGUACGGUCUCGCUGCCAUCGCGCUGCAGUACCAGGGCCACGACGAUGCGCUUACCACUGUCGUUGCUGUCACCUCGCUUGCUGGCCUCGCGGAUGGGUUUCUAAUUCGGGCUCAUGGCGGACCGCUCAAGUCGAAGGCGUUUGGACAUUGGGCUUUUUUCGUUAUCACGGCUGGGUGGGCGUGGUGGAGGGCUUCGUUUUCCUAG